AAUUAUUUUGCAUGGUACUGUGGCUCUAUAUUUGAGUCGGAAAACCAAUAAAGGAAAUAUCAGAAGAAGAAAAAGAAGUAAUGGAAAUCAUUCUCAAUUAUUCUGGCCCGUUUGCAGCCCGUUUGGGUUAAGUGAUUCGAGCUACUCCUUUUGGGUCAGAAAUUCAAGCAAGGGAGUUAUAAAAGAACAAGAAGAAGAAACGAUUCGAACUUUGAAAUAGCAUUGAAGUUAUUAUCUAAGAUUCCUUUCUUACGAGAAGAAAUUAAUUUAUUCUAUUUAUCGGAAAACCUGGCCCCAGAUAAACGCGCAUGUAUAUAUAAAAAAUAUUUCUGUUUCGUCAACAACUAACUUGCAGAUAUGGAUGACAAACUUCGGCAAAUGGAAGAUGAGAUGAACAGAUUUGAAGCUGAGAUUGGAGGACAACUUGUAACACCAAUUGUAAGACCAGUAAUCGGUGCAAACACAUAUAAUCAGGUUGCCAGACAAUUGGAACAACAUGAACUUACUACGCCAGUAGUUGCAGCAGCUGCAGCAGCAACAUUAGCGUUUCCUCCAAUGAUUGGGUUUCCACCACCACCACCACCUCCACCUCCUCCCCCACCACCACCGAUGUUAAUUCCUCAGCAAGUAGCGCGACAAGGUUCAGUUCCUAUUACAACGUACUCCUCACCUGCACAAAUAAGUAAUCCAUAUAUGUCAAAUAUGGUGGAUCCAUGUUUAAGUGCAACACCAAAAACAUAUGAUUCUGGAUCAACACCAAUGAUCCAUCCAGAAAUUAUUGAACAAAUUAUUAAUACAAAGAUUCCUGAAGAUGAGGGUAAAAAGAAGCCAAAGGUUAAAGGUGUCAGUACAGCGGCUGAGUUAGCUAUCAGUCAAGGAAAAGCAAGUUCCAUUAUGGCUAACGCUAGCGCAGAAGAGAGUCAUCCCAAGGGUAAAGGGAAGAAAAACAAGAAAAUUAUAAGGACUGCUGGUGGGCAAACCUGGGAAGAUCCCUCUUUAUUAGAAUGGGACGAUGAUGAUUUUAGGAUAUUUUGCGGAGAUCUGGGGAAUGACGUUACCGACGAAAUGCUGGUGAGGGUAUUUGGAAAGUAUCCCAGUUUUCAAAAGGCUAAGGUAGUUAGAGAUAAACGGACAAAUAAAACCAAAGGCUUCGGAUUUGUGUCCUUUAAAGAUCCACAAGAUUUUAUCAAGGCAAUGAAGGAAAUGAAUGGCCGAUAUGUAGGAUCGCGUCCGAUAAAACUUCGGAAGAGUUCAUGGAAACAAAGAAAUCUGGAGUCUGUACGCAAGAAAGAGAAGGAGAAACAAACAUUAAUCGGACUGCUGACUGGUCGAUGACGAGAUGAAAUUCUAUUUAUUAUGUUCUGAUUAUUCACCAACAAAGUUAUAAAUAAUCAACCAUCACACACAUAUACACAUACACCUGGAUAGUUUGGGAUAAAGGAACAUUGUGAAUUACGACAUUAUUUAAUUUCAUCGUCGACUAUUUUGCAUUGCAAGAGUAUAC